AUGGCCUCCUCGUCGGCGUCUUCGCUGCCAGGCUCCGUCAUCACCGUGGCCUCGUCGGCGGCGGCGCUCGGCGCCGCCAGCUCUGGGGCGGCCGUCACGGGCUCGCCGUGCGCGGCCUGCAAGUUCCUCCGUCGCAAGUGCCAGCCUGACUGCGUGUUCGCGCCCUACUUCCCGCCGGACAACCCUCAGAAGUUCGUUCACGUGCACCGCGUCUUCGGCGCCAGCAACGUCACCAAGCUCCUCAACGAGCUGAACCCGUACCAGCGGGAGGACGCCGUGAACUCGCUCGCAUACGAGGCUGACAUGCGCCUCCGCGAUCCCGUCUACGGCUGCGUCGGCGUCAUCUCCGUCCUCCAGCACCAGCUCCGCCAGCUCCAGCAGGACCUCACUCGCGCCCGCUACGAACUCUCAAAGUACCAGGCAGCUGCGGCGGCGGCAGUUUCGGCGUGCAACGGGGCACCGGCGAUGGCGGAUUUCAUAGGAAACGCGGUGCCCAACUGCACGCAGAACUUCAUCAACAUCAGCCACUCCACGGCGAUCGGCGCGGGCGUUGGUGGCUUCGGGCACGACCAGUUCGCCGCCGUGCAGAUGCUGGCGAGAUACGAGGGGGAGGGCGCCAUCGCCAGGCUCAGCGUCAACGGCGGGUACGACUUCGGGUACUCGUCGGCCAUGGGCGCCGUCGGGCCGGUGUCCGGCCUCGGGCCGCUAGGCGGCGGGCCGUUCUUGAAACCUGGCACGGCCGGCGGGGACGAGCGGCACGCCGCCGGGCAGUAGCGGCGCAUUCGAUUCAUCCAUAUCUUUCGCGGCAGAUAAUAUCAUUUGAGGAGGGUACCACCAAGAACUGAAGACUAAACUGGUGAAACAUCCUGAAGAUCAUUCAUGCAUGUCGAUCUACUACUCUAUCUUACUACGUGCAGAACAAAAGGAGUUCUUGAGUUAAAUUAGCACCUUGUUUGAUUUGUUUGGUGUCCUACUUUUCUCUUUUGUUCCAUCCAUAAAGUCGAACCAUAUAUGUAUCCUGAUUCCCCAGCAGCUGGGAUUUGUUUGUGUGUGUGUGUCAGUGUGUGUUGUUUGCUCCAUAAUAUGUAAUGCUUCUUUAUUGUCACAGAUGGUGUCCAUUACUUAAUUUUACUA